UGUACUACGCAAGCGCAGAACAAACGGUCGCGGGAAGGAUUUGAGUUGUUUGAAUGGCGAAAGGCGAGGAGGUCUUGGCUGUUCGCUAGCCUUUCUUUUUUAAAUCAUGUUGUAGCAAUGUAGACAUGGAAGCUACACUACAUUUGUCGGAGUCGUCGCAUUCGAACGAAUUGUCUGUGUCCACUCGGAGUGGUAGCACAAGUUUGAGAGCUGCGGAGAUAGAAAGACGGAAGAAUGAGGCGGGGGACCCAUUUUUUCUGGCCCUCAAGUAUUUUUCCGACGUUGAGGCAGGGACUCCAGUGAUCGGCAAUGAAGACUUGGAGAGGAACCUAGUGUUGGUGGAGAAGGUGGCGUACUCUCAAGGGCUCUCCCCGGAUGCCAUCUCUGUGAUGCUGGAGUUUGCCAUGAGCCUAAGAACGGGGCCGAGUGUAUGCUCCCGAGUGCUCAAGUGUCUGAUCCCUGCUACGGUGGUGCCUCAGGAGGCCGUUGUUCAAGCCAUCGCUUGGCUGGGUGUCUCCAGAAUACCCAUAAGUGCACAGGUUCUUUUCAUUAAGUGGGUGUUAACCAUUUUUGACAUGAUCGAGGCAAAGGAUCAACUGAGAGCCGUCCAUGGGUUUAUCUUCAGCUUCGUGACAGACGAAAACCUGUGCCCCUUCAUUUGCCACCUAUUGUACCUCCUGACCACAAAGGAAAGUGUGCGAGUGUUUCGAGUCCGAAAGCUCCUGGAGCUACAAUCCAAACUGGGAAGACAACCCUUCCUUCUGAACCUGCUCUCCCUUUACAAGGUGUUUUGUCCUGAGCUGGUGACACUCUCUGUCCCAUCCAGAAUGAGGAGUGGCUUUAGGAAUCACAUUUCACCCUGGAAAUCUAAGCUGACUUUUGUCCAGAAGAGGAAUGGCACGCUGGUUUCCCCCAGCAAUGGUCUGACCCUCGCAAUUAAGGAUCACCCCAGCUCAAGAAAAAGGAAGCACUGCCAUCUGGAAAUGCCAGCCCUGAGUUGUGCGCCUGAUAAGGACUUUCAGACUGAGCGGUCAUCCUCUGGCAGAAAGUUGGUCCCCCUGGUGCAACUCCGCUCCUUUGAGCAUCUUUUGGAGAAUAUGCACCGCAUAGAGCUCCCUGCUCAGAUGGGCUCUCUGCUGGCCUCCAGUGUGGCUCUGCACUACCUGGACUGUGUGCAGGAAGAGUCGGCCCUCCUCCGCCUCAACUUCUGGCUGGGCUGCGCUCUCCAAGAAGACAUUUUGUUCUGUCGAGAUGGAGGUGCGCUGCAGAAUUCAGAUGAGGCGCUCCAGUUUUUGAACAGGCUGCUAUUGACACAACAUUUUCUCCAGGAAGGGUUUUCUAGUUCUGAGGCUUUCCUCUACAAAUUCCUCAAUAUCUGGGACGGUUGCCUGCUACGGCCGCAGAUCUUCGGGCUGCUGAGCAACAUUCCUGUGGUCCCUAGUAUCAAAAUCAAACGGCUUCUCUUCGAGCCCCUCAUGCAGCUCUACUUCACAUCGUCACCAUUUUUCAAGUGCGGACUGUUGGAAUGUCUAAACCGCAUGCUGACCAAGUGGCUGACCUGGCACUCGGUGUAUGUUCUAGAGGACGACUUGGACAUCAGUCUCAACAGCCACACCUUCAUAAACAUGAGUCUGUCAGGCUUCAAGGACUCGGUGAAGGAACUGGUGCACUUUGUGGGCCGUCUGGCCACCGUGGGCCUGCAAGUCGAGAGCUGUCACUCCCUCCUGCUCAGUUUCAUCCUGGACUUCUAUGAAACGGUGUGUGACAUGUUCCUGAAGUAUGGGCUCCCCCUCAUUGUGAUGCCACCACCCGGGAUUUUCUAUCCAGCUCUGCUCGCCACCGACUCCGUCAGUGUGGACCGAUUGGCAUACAUCAUGUAUAGGUACAAGGUCAACCUGACAUCAGCCAAAAGUCAAGAGAAACUCACAGAGGCCUUUCACAUCAGCCGCCAGACCUUCCGUGAGUUCAACAACUACGUGGUGGACAUGGUCAACUGCCUGUGGAACUCCAAGAUGUUCCGAGGAGGCACGGGGGUGCAGCUGAAUGAGGAGCUGCUGCUGAAGAGUGAAGUAGCGCAGUACUGGAGCAGCUUCGACCUCGUCCACCACCCGGCCUUCAUGGGCUAUGCUGUGGACUUCCACGCCAAGUGUUGGCCUGAGAGAAAAGUCAUGGAGCUCACUUCCAUAAAGAAUUCCAAAGUUUGGGACUGGUACCUGGAGUAUGUGUUCAUACAGGGCUACGACGGCCUGCGCCACUUUGUGCACACCAACAUCAGACAGCAGCUGCCGCCAGACAGCAGCAUCAUGCAGCAGCAUCAAGGCUAAUGGCUCGGGGGGGGGGGGCAUUCGCAUCUUAUCCACUUUUUUCUUUUAUAAAGGACUUGUACAUAUUUCAUCAGGCUUCUUCUUCAAGUAGGCUUUUGAGUAUCUUUUUACGGACAUAAAUUAUUCCUUUGUGUAUUUUUAAUUACAGUCCAUUCAGUGACAUUUGAAUGUGUACUGUGUUUCUUUGCAAUUCAAAGCAGCUUGCGAUGACUUUGGAUUUUAUCAAUUUCAUAUUCUUGUACUCGGACUUCCACUACUUGGACUAUUGUUAAAAAUAAAUAACUUUUACACGCCAUGUAAAUAAAAGCAAGCUGGCAUGUGUGACAGCGUACGUCGAAAUGCUAACUAACUUUGUGCUUCUUGACAUACUCUACAGCAGGGGUCAGCAACCCGCGGCUCCAGAGCCGCAUGUGGCUCUCCAGCCUCUUUGUUGCGGCUCCCUUUGCAAUGCUUGAAUAUUUUUUAGCACCCGUGUGGUGAAAAUGCACGUCUUUGUUAUGAGUUUACAAAAAUCCAACUUUGUGUGAGACCAUGAAUGCAUCCUGACUGAGUUCUGACUGGUGACUGAAUGAGCAGACAGGAUGCUAUCCAGUUCUCUCUGACAGGUUAACAUGAAGGGAAAUGAGUAACACUUUGAGUUAUUUGAGUUAUUAAUUAUUAUUAAUGAGUUAUUUGACGAUUCUAAAAAAUAAAUUGGAGCUCAUUUAAAAACAAAAGUUUAUCUCCAGUACUAGCAAGAGUACUCC